CCCUGAAAUCAGCAAAAUAGAUAUGUCCGAACAACUAAUUCCAAGUGUCUCACUCACAACAAACGUCUCUGCAACCUACUACGAAAGUACAUAUUUUCUGUGUGUUUUUAAUGGUUUUUUCUCUGCAAGACCCAUCAACUAAUCAGUCCUUCAAAUUUAAAUUAAACCACCUUUAUUACCAAAUCAAACGAUUAUAUUAAUUGAAUAAUGAAACCUUGCUUUCAUGAAUCAUGGAGUAAAGCUAAAGCUUUUCUUUAUAAAUAAACAACUAUAAAUUUCCCUUUCUUGUGAAGAAGCUUAAUUUUAAUCAUCUCACAGAAAAUCUCCUUUUCUCUUUUUCCUUUCUCUUGGGGGUACUUUUUGAAGCUAAUUUUCCACUUCAGGUUGAUACUGGUCAUUAAUGGUGGAGAGGAGAUUCUGGGUUUUGUACAAUCUUGUUCAGAUACUUAUAAAGUUCAUUAAAGUUUGAAGAUUCUUAGUCUUGUUCUUGAAUGUGUUGAAGAAAUUUUUGGUGGAGGUUAAUGCAGGUACCCAAAUCUUGAUUUCAUUGUCUUUUGAGUAAAACCCUUUAGGGUUUAUGAGCUAAAGGUUCCUUUUCUUAGGUACCCCUUUACGUCCUUGUCUGAAAUCAAGCUAAAUAGACUGUUUUUGUUCAAAGGGUGUUCUGAAUUUUACUGUUUCUGGUCUUAAUUGGAUUCAAUUUCUCUUGCAUUUUGCCAAUUUCGAUGGUUGUGAAGUGCUAUGAUUUCAUCAAUGUCAGAAAAGAACAUGCAACCUUCAAAGCUCCUUUUCUACCUCAUAUUCACUUCCAUGUUUUUUCUGAUUCUUUCUUCUAUUAUCCUUCUUCAAUCAAGUAGUAAUUCAUUCAUGCCGAGAUCAGUUUUCAGGCUAAUCGUAGUUAAUACUACCUCAUCUGAGUAUUUCAGAAGAAAUGUCAACAGUUAUAGUAAAGACACUUUUGAUCGGUCUUCUCUGCCUUCUUCAAUUGAUACUAGAAUAACUGAGUUCGAAAGUUCUUCGUCUCACGGUAUUGGUGUAUUAGGUCAAGAGAAUGCAAAAGUAUGUAAAUGUAAUCAAUCUCUCCUGAAGGUUUAUAUGUAUGAUUUGCCCCCGGAAUUUCACUUUGGUUUGUUAGGCUGGAAAGGGGAAGGGAAUCAAGUAUGGCCUGAUGUUAGUACCCUGGAUCAGAUUCCGAGGUACCCUGGCGGGUUGAAUUUGCAGCACAGUAUUGAGUACUGGCUCGCCUUGGAUCUGCUUGCAUCGACCACUCCAAAUGUUGCAAGGCCUUGUAGUGCAGUUAGAGUGCAGAACUCAAGUUUGGCAGAUGUGAUUUUUGUUCCGUUCUUCUCGUCAUUGAGCUACAACAGGCAAUCCAAAUUACAUGGAAAAAAAGAGAAAGUAAGUGUGAAUAGACAGCUGCAGGAUAAAUUGGUUGAGUUCUUGAUGAGUAGGCCUGAGUGGAAGAAAGAAGGUGGAAAAAAUCAUCUUAUUGUUGCUCACCAUCCAAACAGCAUGUUGGGUGUUAGAAGGAAGCUGGGCUCGGCUAUGUUUGUUCUUGCAGAUUUUGGGAGAUACCCAGCUGAAGUGGCAAAUCUGGAUAAAGACAUAAUUGCUCCUUACAAGCACAUCGUGAGAAUGAUUGGUGUCAAUAACUCUGCCCCAUUUGAGAAAAGGCCAAUCUUGGCGUAUUUUCAAGGUGCAAUAUAUAGAAAGGAUGCAGGAGUCAUUCGACAAGAACUCUAUUAUCUACUCAAAGACGAGAAGGAUGUUCACUUUGCAUUCGGUACUGUCCGUGGAAACGGGGUUCAUAAGGCAAGUGAAGGAAUGGCUUCCUCCAAGUUCUGUCUUAAUAUUGCUGGAGACACCCCUUCCUCGAACCGCCUUUUUGAUGCCAUUGUGAGCCACUGUGUUCCAGUGAUCAUAAGUGAUGAAAUUGAGCUACCAUUUGAAGAUGUCUUAGAUUAUUCUGGGUUCUGUAUCUUUGUCCAGACAUCUGAUGCCGUGAAAACAGGAUAUCUAGUGAAUCUACUUAGAGGGAUCAAGCGUAAAAAAUGGACAAAAAUGUGGAACAGGUUAAAAGAAGUCGCACCACAUUUUGAGUAUCAAUAUCCAUCUGUUUCAGGUGAUGCUGUAGAAAUGAUCUGGGAGGCAGCUUCACGAAAGAUGCAUUCUGCUCGGUUAAGACUUCAUAAGACAAACAGAUAUAAAAGGUACCAGCUGAUGGGAAUGGUAAAGAAAUAGGAGUAUCGCCAAUAUGGGUAUAGUUUUUCAACUUAGUAUUUUUAGAGAAUGAAAAUCAUUGUUUGUUCGUUCUUUUCUUCUUUUUACAUGUUUAGGUUGGAUAGCUGUAAUCAACCCUGCAUUGCCAGUUCAGGUACAUAAAUGUAAGCACAAUUGUUGGUUCAAUGCAGUUAUACAUGUUUUCCUUCUCCAAUAAGCAUAUGAGAGAUCUAGUUUCUGAGUAUCACAACUGCUUCUUUA